AUGUUUCACACCGAGUUACUAACUGUGAUCUUCUUAUGUUUAGUAAUAUUUUUCAUAGCUCUUUGGUAUUUAAUAUUUUAUCCCGAUUCAAGACAGAUUAUGAAACGUACAAGACGUGUAAAAUCUAUGAAUAAACAGUCAAAUAAUAAAGACGCAAGAAAAGAAAUUGCUCGACUUUAUAGCUUCGAUAAAAAUGCCUAUCAAGAGACGAAUCUUUAUUCAUGUGGUGUAUAUAGUACUGAACAUUCGAAAUGUGAUUCAUUUGGUAAUACAAGUUUAAAAACAAUCAAAGAAAUGAUGAGAUCUAAAGAAAGACAACAAAGAUACAGUUUACAACAAAUGUCAUCAUACCAAUCAAAUGAGAAUGACCAUAGAUUACCAGUCGCCAGUGAUCAAAAAACUAAACUUAUUCUUGGUUUAUAUAAUCCACCAUUGAAUAUUACUAAACUCCAAAUGGUACAACCAGAUUAUAAUUUAGUUACAAAGAAAGGGAAAUUAAUUCGAGCAUUCUCUGAAAGUUGUACGACUAAAUGUGCAAGUUACACUAGUAGUAUCAGUCACGAGAAUGGUGAGAUAAGUGACAAUAAAGCAUCAACAUCAUCCGAUAAAGAAGCACAAAAAGGAAUUCAUUUGCCAAAGUUAAGUGAUUCAAAUCUUGCCAAAAACUUACAGCCUUGGCCAAACCGUACAAAAUUCAACAAAUCAUUAUUUCAAAGUGAAAAAUCAUUAUCAUCUUCAAGUGAAUCUGUAUGGUCAGAGGUUAAACGUCGCUUAAGUAAUACUGAAAAAGUUUUCGAUCCUGUUAUGCGUAUCUUGUCUACAGUACCGUUGAAAAAUCAAACAGAUUUAGACAAUACAUGGACAAAUUUCACAAUGAAUCCAGAAACAAAUGGACAUAUAUGCUUUUCGUUGGCGUAUACAUGCACUGUUGGAAUACUGAAUGUAACAAUUAACCGGUUAAUUGGUGUUAGUAAUCUUAUUAAAAGUUCAAAUAUUUUACCAAGUCAAUCACCAACUAAUUUUGUUGUAAGUUUACGUUUAAGAUGCAAUAAAAGUUCUACAAUUUAUACUGAAGGACACAAUGAAGACGAUGAAGGGAGAAUAAAGUCACGUAAUAAAAGUGAAUGUUUUCAUAAAAAUUAUUUCACACAACCAGUUUUAACUUCAUUAAACCCAAAUUUCGAUCAAUCAUUCUUAUUUUCCGUCACAAUGAAUGAAUUAGAUAGUACUGAAUUAGUUUUGACGGUAUUACAGUCAACAACAGUAAAUAGUUCUACUGAUGAAUUUGCCAACUUAAAUAAUAAUAGAAUACCAAGACGUAAUAAUUCCGUCGUCUCAUGUCAUCAUUCAUAUCCCUAUGGAAAUGAUAGAUGUUCACGUAGAAUGAAUAUGAUAUCUGAAGAGAUGAGAUGUAUUGGUGUAACAUUUUACAAAUUAAACCAACAUGAAUUAAUUAAUUGUCCCGAAAAAAUGCAAAAUAUUUGGCAGGAAUUACGCAAAUUACCAGAGUUACAAAGUAGACAGUCGAAAAUAGCAAGUUGUGAUAACAAUGAUUCGAUAAGUGGUCCAAUCAAUUACAAAUUAUAUCCAUUCAUUACGGAAAAUGAGGAUCGUCAAAAAAAUGAGUUCGGGGAUGGAAACAUUUUGUCGAAUAUUAGUUCAGAAGUUUCGCAAACUGAAGAGUUAAAACAAUCAAUGGUCAAAGUAACUAUUCAAUACAAAAUAGACUCUUCUAUCUUAGAAAUUUAUAUAGAAGAGAUAAAAAAUCUCAGAAUUUUAAAAAACGAAACUGAAAUGAUAUUUCAAGCAUUAUUGUGCCUUGGUAAUACAACCUUAUCCAUUGUACGAUGCAAACCAAUUCCACUUGUUAAGAAAAAAUCAUCUAAUGAAGAGAAUAGCAUUGAUCAAAGUGACCUAUUUCAUAUUUGCAAUCAUAUUUCAAUUCCUAAUGAUGAACAUGUUUCAUUAAAUGUAGAUGUGAAUCGAUUAUUAAAUUAUAAUAAUAUUGGAAUAAUAUUACAAAUAUUUACCCGAACAGAUACAUCGAAUCACUUAAGACGUGUGGCAAAUGUAUCAAUUGGUGUGACUAAAUUAACCGAUAAUUUAGCAUCAAUUCAAUGGAAUGCAUUAAUUAAAGAAUUAAAACAAUUGAAAAGUAAUAAUCAAUUAUUUGGAUCAACAAAAAAAAUCACUUAUUGGCACUUGAUGGAAUCAUUUUGA